AUGGGACUAUCUUCCAUUCUCCAACAGAUUGAAAAAAGAGGUAAAUUACCCAACAAGUCUACUUCUCAAAUACCACAAAAUGAAGUAAAAGAAACUAAACCAAGUGGGGGGUUUCCCAGAAGUGGCGCUAAUGGCAAAUCCAUCGAUCCUGUAGUUGCUCGAUUGAAAGAGAAACGGCGACUAGAAAGAGAACAGGCCGAAGCAGCAAAGGCCAAACAAAAUGGAAACAAGAGCAAAAAGUCCACUCUUUCUGUGAACCCAUCAAGCAGGACAACUGCCUCGUCUGGCUCAUCAUCAACCCAACGGCCAAGGCAAAGCGCAAAAAAAGCAACUCAACCAGAAUGGAACCUGUCGCCACCACCACCAGCCCCAGCUAAAAAGAAACUAAACUUUAGUGCCUUGAUGAAGAAAGCAAAUGAAAUCGACAGUGAGAAACUAUCUAUCAAAUUUCCACAAAAGAGCAAGUCUCCUGAACCAACGGCACCCAAGCCAUUUUCACAGAAAAGUGCAACUAUAAGUAGGAAACCUGUCACCGCGACCAAAGCCCCCAAUGGUUUCAAUCAACUUCAUAAGAAACAGGAUACUGUCAGAAGUAAACCAUUACCAAAUGCUAGACCCGAGCCACCUAUUCGAAAAGCUUUACCAAAAGUGCCAAUACCCGCAAGACAGCCAAAUGCAAAAAUUCAACAACGACUCAAACAAAGGCAAUUUACAAACUCAAAAAGUCGUGGGUAUGGUUACAACGAAGAAGAGGAUGACGACGACUUGGGUGAUUUUCUCGCAUCCGAAGAUGAAGAAGAAGGUGCUGCUGAAGAUGAAUAUAACCGAGAUGAGAUCUGGGCCAUGUUUAACAAGGGUAAAAAGCGCAAGUAUUACGAAUAUAACGAUUAUGACGAUGAAGAUGACGACAUGGAAGCUACGGGUGCCGAUGUCUUGGAAGAAGAAAUGAGAUCCAGAUUGGAUGCAGAAAGAGAAGACCGAAGAGAAAUGGAAGAGGAAAAACGAAGGGCAUUGGAAAAACAACGGAAAAAAAUGCGGCAAUGA